AUGAGGCUUUUGGAUACUAGUCGUAGAAUCCACGACGGGCCCAAGGCUUGCAUUGUUGGAUUAACGAGCUACUUCUACGACACGUCUAAACCUUUUAUGGAGGUCACCCCUGAAGAUUCGGUUCACUUAUACGAUGAGAUUGAACGCGGGGAUCAAGUGAAAGAGUUCGGAAAGAGAUUUGAGGCUGUUGUCGCGAGGAGCGAGAUGACGACGAAGGACGUCCAAGAUCAUCUCACAGACCUCGGUCUCAGAGAAGCAACGGUGUACGUCGACGAUGAUGGAGUGCAGUGUUCUCGUGAUGUUGCAAAGAAGAUGACACCCGGGUGGAUGGUCGAGUGGCUCUACGGGGAAUCGCCCGAAUCUUAA